AUGAGGGACCAGAAAAGUGACAGCCUUCGUUGUAGAAUGAAUGAAGACACUGACACUGAUUAUAUAACACCUUGGCAGCUAUCUCAAGUCGUUGAUGGUGAAGGUAUUGGAAUUAUAGAAAAAAGCAAACACACAAAUUUGACUAAAGGCGAUUUUAUGACUUCUUUCUAUCGGCCCUGGCAAACCAAAGUUAUUCUGGAUAGAAAUAGCCUUGAAAAGGUGAUAUAUAUAUGAACGUAUCUGAU